GGCAAACAACGAGUUAGAACCAACCACCGCAGCUUCUCACAAAAGCACGUUCAUUUCGGUUUCUUUGAAAACAUUUGAAAGGGGAAACCGGGGUCACAGAGUGAAAAUUGGCGGGAAAUGGAAGGAAGUGAGAGUGAAGCAGUUCUUGAAUCGCUGAAUCUGAAUCCCCGACUCUACCUCAACGAAGUUCUCAACACCGUCGACGAUGUCGUCCAACAAGCCUUCAAUUUCUUCUACCAGGAAGCAUCGACUCACCUGAACUCUGAAACCACCCAAAGAUCCCAAAAUCUGAAACAGGGUGUCGAUCGCGUUCGCCAACGGGUUCAAUCUGUGCUGGACACACAGCUUGAUGUUUGGGAGAAAUACUGUCUUCAUCACUGUUUUGCUCUUCCCCAAGGUUUUACUAUGCCUAACACUGAUGAAUCAAGUAAGAAUGACGUUGAUCCAGGCGCUCUUUUUGAUCCGGAUGUAGAUGCUCAGUUAGAUUCGUUGAGAAAGAAACUAGCAGAGGUGGGGAAGGAGUCUGAAAUGCUGAAUCAAGAAGUUCAGGCAUUGGAGAGGCAGACUACUUUGAAUGCUCGGUAUAUCAAUGAGGCGGUGAAAUCAUAUGAGCAAAACUCUUCUCAUGAGUUGUUUCAGGAGAUUAUGACAACCGCCUCAGAACUUGGAAUGAAGGUGAAAAAUCUAAACCCUAGCCUGAUUAAAGACACUGAACAAAUGAAAGGAAAAAGUAUUUGCAGCCCUGAAAUGGACCAAUCUGCUAUAAAUCCGGUCAAAGGCCUCUCAAAUGUAAACUUAGAAGAUCUUCAAGAAUUCGUAGCUAUUAUGAAGAGGGGUGUUGCGGUUUAGAUUGAUGCCUAGAGGAGAUGAUUUUUACUGUUGCUGAGCAUUUAUUUGAGUACUGGUGCUGCUGUUCUAGAGGGCUGGCUCAUACAAACUAAAAUGUGUUGUUGCUGUUGGGUGCUUCUAUGAGGAUGCUGUUAUGGAAAUUGUUGUUGAUUUUAUGUUUGUGGCUUUGCUGAUGUGCUUUUUAUUGCUGCUGAAUAUCAUUUAAGGUGCUGGUGCUGUUGGUUCACACAAAACAAAUUGGUGUUGCUGCAAAUUGCAAUUAUAAGUUGCGGGUGUGCAAAAUGGUGGAGGAUCUUAUUCUUGUAUUUGUUAGCAACAAGUGUUAUAGGAUAUGUGCAUACUACCUUGAUGUUGGUCAUUUGUAUGUAAUUUUGGGACCAUGAUAGCUGCUACUAGAUUAUAAAUUUGUAUUCAGAUGCAGAAUGGCUUUCCCAGGA